AUGAAGAAAUCCAAAAAAUGGGCGUGUAAAGUUUGUGGGGAGAAACAGUCGCUGAUUAAGAUUUAUGGUCAGGGUACAGGUGCUGAGUGUCGGCAACAUGUGCAGAAGCUGAAUCUUCUUCAACAAGAUAUGGAUGAAAAAGACUAUCAGAUGAUUAUCAAUCAGGAUUUCUUGGAUAUUUCAGAAGAAACAGAUUGCCCUAAUUUUACAAGUGAAGCUAAUCGAGAUAUGAAAUGGCCCCAACAUUCUGAAAGCAGCAGCAGCAGCAAAUGGUCCAAAUUCUUGCCCUGUGAAGUGGACACUGAAACAAAUGAAUUACAAAUGGAAGAAGUUGAUUAUAUAAAAGAGAACAACAAAGAGAAGAAAGCAGGCUUAGAGGAAUUUAACAAGUUCCCUUGUCAAGAAAAAAGAAAGAAUCCUUUCUCAGAGAUUUGCUUCAGAGAUUCCUUUACAAAUUCUGGUUAUUUAAUGAAAAAGCCAAGGACAGCUCCAAAGUGUGACUUCCAAUUGGGAGCACGCUGCCUGUUCAACGAGGAAGCAAUAAGGAUUGGUCUGCACGUCAACAACACCAAGCUGAUGCACGUGGGUGACGGCCCCGAUCUGCCAACCAUCGUCAUUGGCAACGACUCCGUCGAGUUCGCCAUGUAUUUCGUAUACUUGUAUUCAAAGUUUUCCAACACCUCACGGAGAUCAACAGAAGACUUGGGCCGGCUACAGGCCUCUUGGGAAACCUCUGGAGAUCAUUAUGACGGCAUUCCGACAACUCCCAACACAUCAAGCUACGAGUUUACAGCUCCUCUGUCCUCUCUGUGCUACUAUACAAUACCGAGAUGUGAUCUCUCAGCAAGACCCUCGCCUCACGACUCCAUGGCUUCGUGUGCUGUACCCCCAGUCCGAUAUUGUGUCCAAUGA